AUGGAUCAGUCAGUGUUGAGUUGCCUGCGGAGCCCUCACGCUCCGUCCCAUGUCUUGCACUCGUACCUGGAGCUGCCCAGCCCCUCUCCGCCCUGUGGCUACCCCAAUGGAGCAGAGGAGGGAGGGAGCUUCAGCACAGACCAGAGACCCCUGUCCAGCAGCCUCCACCAGCUCCCUCCAGCGUGGCCCCCCGCCCUGCGCUCAGGAGGAGACCCUCUGGAGUACGGACUUCACUCAGGAGCCCAGGAGGCCCCGGACCAGGCCCACGCAGCCACAGAGUCCCAGGACGGGAGCUCCAGGCUGGAGGGGAGCGGUGGUAAGCCCAGGAAGGAGCGCACCGCCUUCACCAAAGAGCAGAUCCGCGAGCUGGAGGCCGAGUUCUGCCACCACAACUACCUGACCCGAUUGAGACGCUACGAGAUCGCCGUCAACCUGGACCUCACCGAGAGACAGGUGAAGGUGUGGUUCCAGAACCGGAGGAUGAAGUGGAAGCGUGUAAAAGGAGGUCAGCAGGGGCCAGCAGCUCGGGAGAAAGAACUGAGCCAUGUGAAGAAGGGAACCUUACUGCCCUCAGAGCUCUCAGGACUAGUGGGACUGUCACCUGCCAAGGUCUCCCCCAGACCUCAGCAGGACUCCAGUGAGGGCCAGCCUUCACCCAGACCCUCCUCUCCCUCCCCCAGUCCAGAGGCCCAGCUAUGA